ACAGAGAUGACAAAGGUUAUGUUGGUUCCCUUGUACCAGCCCUAGGAUUUCUUAUGGGUACCAUUUUGCAUUUCCACAAUCCCAGGAAGUACAGUCUUCUUCAGACUGUUAUAUCUGUUGAAAUGUACAGAUCUGGAUGCAACCAAAAGAUUUUUAGAUGGUUCCAAAAGUUGGGUUGGUGUAAGGGUUUUAAGGGGACAAGAACAGCUGUUGACAAAUUGUGCACUGAGUUUGAUGACAGCAUUAACUCCUGGAAGAAUGAUAUUCAGGUAGAACUGCAAGGACCCCAACCCGAUGAGCAUCAGUCACCAGUAGAGGACUCGGAGAGCUCGGAAGACUCGGAUGACUCCUUCAUUUCAGAGAGUUCAGAGAAUCAGGAUUCAUCUGAUGUGGAAGUGAGUAGUGAAGAAGAAGUAGAUGCUGUUCCCCUUCCACAAGAUGACACUUCCCUAAAUGAUGAAAUUGAAAAUGGAAAUCAGAACCCUGGUUAUAGUGUGUGCUGGGACAAUGUCCAGAAGUUGAGCGUGACACGACAUCCUCUUCGACAGGACAAUAAAAUGAUGCUGUGGGCCCUGUGUUUUGCAGCCAAGAACAGGAUAUCCUUCGUCACCUGGAUGAUGUUGAUGGCACAUGUUCUUUAAGAGACAUACA